CACCAGCCCGAGGGGCGCAGCAGAGCGAGAGUUCGUGAUGGCGUCUUCCAGCUCGCACGCACGUUUUCGUCCACGCGGAAAGUAUCUGACUGAUGACGAAAUCCAGACGUUUUUGGAGCAGAGUGAUGCUGAUUUGUCGGAUUGGGAAGACUCGGAGUGGCCGGUUAACGAUGCUCAAGGCUCGGAUACAUCAGAGAAGAAAAUCGACAGUUCCGAUGACAAUGUUCGCCUAGUCGGCCAGCGAUCAGCCCAGCGGUGCUUGUGUAAAACAAAAACGCACGAAUUGUUUUGUCUCAUUAUUUUUAUUCCAUUAGUUUAGACACAUUGAAUUGAAUAUCAAAUAUUGCAUCUAUCUAAAGACGGCGUUGCGGGGUUUGUUAUCAAUAAUUAUGCCUUUAUAUUUCGUCCAGGUUCACCAGCGUGAGAACCCAAGAUGAAGAUGAUGCAGAGAAGAGCAUGGAGGAAUCAAAGUCACCGUAUACCUGUUUGUCAAGAUAUUUCCCAGGGAACUUUUUGCACGAAUGUGCACAUCAAACGAACCUGUAUUUUGUUCGAGAAAGGGCGGGUAGAUCUGCGGAGACGAAUGCAAAGGAUCUUAGGACAUUUGCAGGCAUCCGCAUGUACUUGUCGCACCUGCUGAGUGUUUACGUAAUUACGGACGCAAUGUCACGGUACAGGUUUUUCGAACAACGAAGUUACCUCCAUUUUGCGGACAGGCUGCCUGUGACAGAGGAACAGCCUCUUCCUCGUCGAGCCAGUAUUUUUUUUUCUUUCAGGAAAGCAUUGCCUUGAGUUUUUCCGUCCACGAGAGCUGUGUGUAGACGAGCAGAUCAUUCUUUACACUGGCAGGUGCCCCAUGAGCCAUUGCGUUCAAAGCAAACCCAACCCAGUUGGCCUAAAGAAUUUUGUGUUGGCAGCGUCUGAUAGUCUAGUUUUAGACUUCCCGAUUUACAUCGGGAAACGAACAGUUUCUGAAGCAGACGUGGAAGAGCUCGACCUUGGUGGAGGCGUGGUAAAAGGACUUGUUAAGACUACCAACAGAGAUGAGCCAACAUUUUUGCUCACUGACAAAUAUUUUCCAGGAGUGAAACUGACUGGAUUUCUGAUUGACAACAAGAAUUUCCUCACGGGGACCAUCAUGGCGAACCGUACCAACGGUGAGGCAGCGAGAAUUCCGAAUGACAGAUCAAUGAAGCGAGGUGAAUCACAUUGCAGAGUACGGAGCGAUGACAAGCUCUGUCAAGUUAAAUGGAAAGACAACAAGUCAGUCCUUCUAUUGUCUACUGCCUUCGGCACUGCGCCAGAGGGUACAUGCCGGAGGUGUUCAAAAGACGAAAAGAAGAGAGCCGAGGUCACACAGCCUCACAUUGUAGCCAGGUACAAUCAGCACAUGGGUGGAGUUGACCUGAUUGACCGCUAUGUUGCAUACUAUCGAAUCACUGUGCGCAGUAAAAAAUGGACGGUCCUUGUUUUUACACAAUUCCUGGACAUGGCAUGCUGCAACAGUUGGAUAGAGUACCAGAGGGACUGCGACAACGCCAUGGUUUUGAAGAAGGACAGGCUAGAUCUAUUGCACUUUAAAGCAGUUAUAGCUUAUGUGCUCGUACAAGCAGAGUCAUCCAUUUCAAGGGGGUCUCGAGAAGACGCGCAAAGCGGCGAAGAACCGACUGCAAACAAGAGAAUCAAGGUAAUUCCACUACGUCCGAAUGAAGUAAAAUGCGACAUUAAGCCGUUAGGCUUAAGUUCCAGAUGAAGUGCCGAAAUCGUUAUUGUAAGAGAAAAUUGAAGUGCACAAAGUGCCACAUUUUCAUUUGCCUACAUAACAGAAGCUGUUUCCUGGACUUUCACAAGCGUUAAGUCAUUUGACACGCAAUAAAAAAGUUUCAAAAAUAUUGCUAAAAAAUUGUCAUCUCGGGACUGAGGAGGUUAAAACAAAUGAGCAACGGUUUCGACUUCCGAGUUGGAAAGUACUAAGCACCUGGCUAAGAUUCAAAUCUAUUACAGCCUAACUUUCAGUCACAUUUUUGUUGCUGUUGUGUUGUUACUGUCAGUCACAAUUUUCGUUUUCUUGUAAAUAAUAUGUAACACAAUAAAUCAGUUUUACAGAGAAAAAGAACACGGAUGGCGAGAAUGAGAAAGAGAGAUAGAGAGAGAGGG